CGCCAGGCUACCAACAUGGUGUGGGUUAGGUAUCUACAUCAUGUUGUUGUUUCCAGUCUGUCAGCAGGUCUACUCCGCCAGGCUACCUACACCACAACGAGGUUAGGUAUCUACACAGUGUUGUUUGAGAAGAUGACGGGACAGGACGGGACCCCGCCCAACUUCCUCAUGAAGGCUCUGAUUGGGAUGACGGCUGGAGCAACCGGAGCCUUCGUAGGAACACCUGCUGAAGUUGCCUUGAUCAGGAUGACCGCUGAUGGACGUCUCCCUGCAGACCAGAAGAGAGGGUAUUCUAAUGUGUUCAAUGCUCUGGCCAGAAUCACUAAAGAAGAGGGGGUCACCACACUAUGGAGGGGGUGUAUUCCCACCAUGGCCCGUGCUGUAGUGGUCAACGCUGCCCAGCUGGCCUCCUACUCUCAGAGCAAACAGGCUCUUUAUAGAGACAGGUAACCCCUGACCUCUUUC